CAACCAUUUCGUUCUUUACGGAAGUGACGGCAAGACGGCGAUGGCGGCUCGCAGUUUCAUUCCGGAUUUGCAGUGAACUACAAACAGAUUUUAUGCUGUCUAGCUCGACUUGAAGGACCGGGAAAACCCAUAGCCAUAUUGGACGUCGUAUGAAACCAUAACGAGUCGGCUCGACACCUAAAGACGCCCAGACCUAAAGUUGUAUCAUAUAUUUCAAAGGUUCAAGGUGGUCACCCUGUCAAGCUAGUGAUAGCUAGCGGGCUAAUAGCUAAUUGCUACACCGAUUUUGGGGCAAGCUUGUCUACGAGCAGCGGGGAAAGACUCUUGGAGACGCAGACGUCCUGUAGCGUGUACGUGGUAAAGCGUACACGUGGUAACUUACAAACUAUACCAUAGGUACAAUGUUUGUGCAUUAUCUUCGGUGAGAGUCGGGCCACAAGUGUGCAGAGCGAGGUACUCACACGUUUGCUUGGCCUCUUGUUUGAACUGCUAGUUCGGCUGCUGCGGAUAACCGGACGGACUUUGUAUCGCUGUUAAGCAAGUUCCUUGCAAUUUACCUCACAUCUUCGUGCAGCUUCCGAAACCGAUCAAGAAUAUACGUUUUCUUCUUCCUGCGGGGUCUUCAGUAGCGGAUCAACAUGCUCAAGACCCGACAGUGUUUACUCGGCAUCCGCACUUUCCUCAAUGUAACGUCAAGACUAUGGGGGUUCAUUUUGUACAUUCUCAGAAAAAACCUCCGAACGAUAAUCCAGUACCAGACAGUGCGUUAUGACACGCUGCCUCUCUCCCCCAUAUCCAGAAACAGACUCAAUACUGUGAAGAGGAAGAUUCUAGUUCUGGACCUGGAUGAAACGCUGAUCCACUCUCACCACGACGGCGUCCUCAGACCCACAGUCAGACCCGGGACGCCGCCAGAUUUCAUCUUGAAGGUUGUGAUUGAUAAACAUCCAGUCAGAUUUUUUGUACACAAAAGGCCACAUGUGGACUUCUUUCUAGAAGUGGUGAGCCAGUGGUACGAGCUAGUGGUGUUCACGGCCAGCAUGGAGAUCUACGGGUCGGCGGUGGCGGAUAAGCUGGACAACAACAGGAACAUCCUGAAACGCAGAUACUAUCGACAGCACUGUACGUUGGACCUCGGGAGCUAUAUUAAAGACCUCUCCGUGGUCCACGCCGACCUGUCCAGUAUCGUCAUCCUGGACAACUCGCCCGGGGCCUACCGAAGCCAUCCAGACAAUGCAAUACCCAUCAAGUCCUGGUUCAGCGACCCUAGUGACACAGCACUUCUUAACCUGCUGCCUAUGCUGGACGCACUAAGGUUCACCGCUGACGUUCGCUCCGUCCUCAGUCGGAACCUCCAGCUGCAUGGACUCUGGUCAUAGGCCCCAGCCAGGAGGGCCUUUGGCUUGUUGAGGGGGCCCCCCCCCCACCACCCUCCUCUGCCGGCUCCCCCCGUCCCCCCUCACACCCCCACCCCCCCCCCCCCACCCCCAUCCCCGUACUCGUCACUCGGGUCCCCGCCUGGCCGAGCCGCUCGGCCCCCCCCGCUCCCUUGAACAGCUCCUCUGGCGCUGUGGAGAACGGGGGGGCUGGGGGUGACGUGCCUGAGAAGGGAUGAACAGUUGGGGAUCGAUGGAGCCCAAGGCUCCUCGGGGAACCGAUAGGGAGCCGGCUUUAGUUUUUUUUUAUUAUUAUUUUUCUUGAUCCGUUUUUUUUUUUUUUUUUUUUUUUUUUUU